GUGAAACAUUAACCACCAGAACUCUGUCCGACCGCCGCAACAGGAACUGACGUCCUUCUGUGCCAGUGGAAAAAAUGCAGCUGCAGGAAAAAAUGGCUUCAAACACGGCACCGCUGAAAGGUGUUUAAAGGUUUGUUCUGCAACCUUGUGGGUCGCACUGACGUAAAAGCAUUCACACCCAUGGCACCUUGGAGUUGACAGAAUGGCUGAGAUAUCUAGUGGUAAUGGGUUCAAACUGGAUGUUCCCCAGCCUAAGGGGGUUGUGGGAAAAGAGGAGGCCCUCCGCAUGGAACAAGAGGCUUUAGCAAAAUUGCAUAAGGAGAAGCACACUCUUUCUCCUUCAACAUCUUCAUCUUCCUCUGCAGCAGGCUCAUCCUCCCCCAAACCCAAAGCAUCCACAUCUACCACUGCUGCCCCUCAAUCCUCAUCCUCCACUAGUAAACCAGAAAAGGACCUCAUUGUUUUUCCAGAGACCAAGAAGGAGGCACAGAAAGACAAGUUCAAGGACAUUGAUGUAGACAAGUUGACCAAUGAGGAGCUGGAAAAGCUCUUGCUGGACGAUAACUUUGAACUUGACAACAAAGUAUCCCGCCCCUCAUCACUUCUGGGUUUUAACCUGAGUGCUUCCUACCCUGGUGGUCAUGCCUGUAGCUCCUCCCCCUUCCACAGCAGCCAGUGGACACCUGUUCUGUCAACUGCAUCAAGCUCGAGCGUGUCCACUCCGACCCCUCAUCCUCCCUCGUUGUUUCCCUCUGCCCCAUUCCCCAAGCCAGGCACAUUUCAGAAUGGUUUCACUCCAUCUUUGCCAUCUUUUAUGGCCCUUCCAGCUCAGCAGUCACCAUUCAUGGCCUUCACUCCCAUCCAGCCUGCCGCGGCCAUGGUCUUUCAACAGCCUGCUGUGGACCCAGAGAUGGCAAAACUAUUUGAUAAAAUUGCCAGCACCUCAGAAUACUUGAAAAAUGGCAGAUCAGCCAGCACUGACCCGGAUUCAUCUUCUACUAGGACAGGGUCUCUGGCACCCAAUCCACCACCCCAACACCCAACACUGACGGAAUCUUCUAACAUUAGCCGUUUUGACUGGCUGGAUCUGGACCCACUUACCAAACGCAAACCAGAGACUGAUGAAGCGCCUCUGGCGUCAGCAGGCACAGUACAGUUGGAAGCGGGAGUUACUGCAGGGGAUCCUUGGGAUGCAGUGCUUGAGACCGGAGGGAACAGUAGUAGCAGGAGCCCCUCAUUGGAUAUGAAAUCCUCAGUCUCUGCUCGUUCACAGCACAGGAGGGCAUCGACCGGAGCUGCUGUAACUCGCAGUCAUUCUCUCAGAGUUCCAGGGAACUGCUCCUCCCACGAACCAAACAAUCAGGACAAGAGCAGAAAAAGAUUGGUGAAGAAUGCUGCCCUGGAGCAACAGGACUCUCAGAAUUUGGAGUUUGUCGCCUUCUGUGAAGAUGUAGCAACACUGCGGUCACAAUUUCCUCAUGAUGACUUGUCUACCAAUCCCGGUUAUGUCCUCAGCCCUGUCAUUACCCAGAGAGAUGGUGGAGGUGACAGCGUUAGCUCCGUCAAAGUUUCGAUUGAAAUCUCUGAAUCUCAGCAGCCUGUAACCUUCACCUGUGAUGUGGCUUCGCCAGUGGAAUUGCUGAUCAGUCAGACACUCUGUUGGGUCCAUGAUGAUCUCGACCAGGUUGAUUUCUCCAGUUACCUGCUUAAAGUCUGUGGCCAGGAGGAGGUGCUGCAGAAUAAACACAGCCUGGGGAGCCAUGAGUACGUCCAAAACUGCAGGAAGUGGGAGAACGAGAUCACACUGCAGCUACUCUCUCACUCCACCAUGAGAAGAGAUUUGGCCCGUACUGCGGAAGACGACUGCUCUGUGAUAGACUUAGAGAAGCACCUUGAUGAAGUGGAACGACCCUUUAAGGAGAAUGUCACCAGACAAGGCCUGGCUGACUAUCUUGAAGGUUAUCACAACCAAGUCUCCAUCUGUCUGCAGAAUGAGAGCACCCAGUAUAAGACAGUGGACCAGGUGGUGCAGACAGUGAAGAAUCUGUGCUGUGCUCUGGAUGAGGUGGAAACACAGGCUGUUACUGAGGCUGUGAAAAGGCUGCGACACUCCGUCAAUCUACCCAGAGCACGCUCACCCAAGAUUGGUUCCACAUCAUCUGGUCAGUCAUCAAAUGGUCACACCAAUGCUGUGGAGGAAUCCAUGGCCCUACUAACUGAAGCUGUUUAUGACCUGGCCAAGCUCUACCUGCGCUCCUUCUGCUCCCCGUCGUCCUCUUUCUGCUCACCUCCCUCAUCCCAGACUGCAGAAGGAGAAACUCCAGAGGAGAAAAGAAGCAAAGAGGCUUCAGGCACCACAGACCACCUCCAGUUCACCUUGUUUGCUUUGCACGGCAUUCCUGCCAACUGGGUCAGCAGCUAUGAGAAGUACUUUCUGACGUGCGCUCUCCUCCAUAAUGGCAAGAACCUUUUUAAACCAGUCCAGUCUAAGAGAGUGGGCACAUACAAAAGCUUCUUCUACCAUGUCAAAUGGGAUGAACUGAUCAACUUCCCAAUAGCAGUGGCCGUGCUCCCACUGGAGUCCAUACUGAGCUUGUCCCUGUUCGGGAUACCAAACCAGAGCGCCAACAGCUCUCCAGACUCCAACAAACAGAGGAAAUCUCCAGAGCUUCUGGGAAAAGUCUCAAUGCCACUCUUUGACUUCAGACGGGUUCUAGCCAGGGGCAGCAGGUUGUUGUGUUUCUGGACAUCUGCCCAGGGAGCUGCUGCUGCUGCUGGCUCCACUACAAACCGUAAGAGGGUGCUGACUGAGAGAAUUGUACUACAGGUGGAUUUUUCCAGCUCAGCGUUGGAUGUGUUGUAUGUGGAACCCAAGGAGGCCCAAAGCCAGGAAUUCUAUCCCCUGGAGGAGCUGGAUCCAGACCUGAAACGUAAAUUAGAGAAAAUCUGCAGCCGAGCUUCAAACUUUGGGCUAAAACGGACAGAUCACCAGCUCCUCUGGGACCAUCGGCUCCACUGUCGAAGGGACCACCAGAGCAGCCUCCCCAAGGUUCUGGCCAGUGCGCCCAGCUGGGACUGGGCCAGCAUGGCUCACAUCCACUCCCUGUUGCACCACUGGCCCCCGCUGCCUCCUGUCACCGCCCUCGAGCUGCUCGACUCAAAGUUUGCAGACACACAGGUGAGAAGCGUGGCUGUGAGCUGGAUUGAGAAGAGCAGUGAUGAUGAGCUCGCUGACUACCUGCCACAGCUAGUACAGGCAUUAAAAUUUGAGUGUCACCUUAAGAAUGCCCUAGUCAUGUUCCUACUGUCCAGGGCCCAAGGAAACAUCAACAUCGCCCACUAUCUCUACUGGCUACUAAAGGACGCUGUGCAGGAUCCUGCCUGGGGGCGGCGAUAUGAGCAGGUGCUGGGCGCUCUGCUCUGUCUUUGUGGGGGGCGGCUGAGGACGGAGCUGGAAAAACAAACCCACCUGGUCCCCCUGCUGGGAGCUGUGGCCGAGAGGGUCAAACAGGCUGGAGGAUCUACACGACAGAUGGCACUGCAGGAAGGCCUUGAAAACAUCCAGAACUUUUUCCAGAAGAACAGCUGCCGACUUCCCCUUCGUCCCAGUCUGGUGGCCAAGGAACUGAACAUCAAGGCCUGCUCCUUUUUUAACUCCAAUGCAGUACCCCUGAAGCUGGCUUUGGUCAAUGCUGACCCCCUGGGAGAAGAAAUCAAUGUCAUGUUCAAGGUGGGAGAAGACCUGAGGCAGGACAUGCUGGCUCUUCAGAUGAUCCGCAUCAUGGACCGCAUCUGGCUGCAGGAAGGCCUAGACCUCCGCAUCGUCAACUUCAAAUGCAUCUCUACUGGAAAGGACAAAGGUAUGGUGCAGCUGGUACCUUCAUCUGAUACUCUGAGAAAAAUCCAGGUGGAGUACGGCGUGACUGGGUCUUUUAAGGACAAACCGCUAGCUGAGUGGCUCCGCAAGUACAACCCUGCUGAGGACGAGUAUGAGAAGGCAUCAGAGAACUUCAUUUACUCAUGUGCAGGAUGCUGUGUGGCAACAUACGUACUGGGCAUCUGUGAUCGUCAUAACGACAACAUCAUGCUGCGCUCCACCGGUCACAUGUUCCACAUAGACUUCGGAAAGUUCCUGGGUCACGCCCAGAUGUUUGGCAGCUUCAAAAGGGACCGAGCUCCAUUUGUUCUUACCUCUGACAUGGCAUACGUCAUCAAUGGUGGAGAGCGUCCCACCAGCCGCUUCCAGUUGUUUGUAGAUUUGUGCUGCCAGGCCUACAACCUGAUCCGCAAGAACUCUGGGCUCUUCCUCAACCUGCUGUCACUGAUGACAUCAUCAGGACUGCCAGAGCUCACUGGGCCCCAGGAUUUAACCUAUGUGUUUGAUGCCCUGCAGCCUCACAACACAGACGCAGAAUCCACGAUCUUCUUCACCAGGUUGAUAGAAUCCAGUCUGGGGAGUGUGGCCACCAAGUUCAACUUCUUCAUCCACAACCUCGCCCAGCUACGAUUCUCUGGUCUGCCAGCCAACGACGAACCCAUUCUGUCCUUCUCCCCCAGGACCUACACUAUGAAACAAGAGGGCCGCAUCCACCAUGCCUCCAUCUAUUCCUUCCAGAAAAGAUACAACCCUGACAAGCACUAUAGGUAUGUGGUGAGAAUUUUGAGGGAUGGACAGAAUGAGCCCCAGUUUGUCUUCCGUACGUUUGAUGAGUUUCAGGAGCUCCACAACAAACUGGCCAUCCUCUUCCCCCUUUGGAAGCUACCGAGCUUCCCAAACAAAAUGGUGCUCGGUCGCACACACAUCAAAGAAGUGGCGGCUAAGAGGAAGUUUGAGCUCAACAACUAUGUCCACAAUUUGAUGAGGAGUUCCACAGAGGUCACUCAGUGUGAUCUGAUCUACACUUUCUUCCAUCCAAUUGCUCGAGAUGACAAAACGGAAGGUUUGGAAGCUGCAGCCAAACCACCGGAGCCUCCUCUAAGUCCCACUUCUGGUAAAGUGGAAGGAGAAGUGAAGCUGUCCAUCUCCUACAGGAACAGCACACUCUUCAUUAUGGUCAUGCACAUCAAAGACCUGGUUUCUGAAGAAGGGACAGAGCCCAACCCAUAUGUGAAAACCUACCUGCUUCCAGAUCCACACAAGACUUCUAAACGCAAGACCAAGAUCACAAGAAAAACCAGGAACCCCACUUUUAAUGAGAUGCUGGUGUACACUGGCUUCAGCAAGGAAUCGCUGGGCCUCCGGGAGCUGCAGCUGAGCGUUCUGAGUGCCGAGUCCCUCCGUGAAAACUACUUCCUGGGAGGCAUCACGCUCAGACUCAAAGAAUUUGACCUCAGCAAGGAGACGGUCAAGUGGUACAAACUUACAGCCGUCCCCUACUUCUAACCUACACCGGCGUUACCCCGAGAACUACUUUACCUCUGCAGAGAAAUGCUGCGUUCACGUUAUAUGGGAAAGGCGGCGGGCAUGGCCUUACUUGAAAAUACUAAUCAUCUCAGCACCCCCGACGUUAACGUUAAUUCAGGAGUCUGAUGAUAUCACCAAGUAAGAGGCAUUUGAAGUAAAGUAUGUAGGGCGAUAGUCUCCUGAAAACACAACAAACCAAACGGACCGGUUUGUUGAGGUGGGAUUAAAAUUCUUAACUCGGCACGCCAGAUAAGACGCGUCCAGAGUAAUACUUGUAACCGCAAUUGCACCCACACGUCCAUAUAGGCGGACUGCAGAGGAAACGCUCCUUCACAGGGCUAGCGAGCGUUCUGUCAGAGUCGCAAAGGAGCUCGCUCGCCGUCUUGCUUCACGUCGGUCUCCCGCUGUCACUAAUCAGGAUUGUUUCUGUGACAAAACAAUCUUCACUCGUGUUGUCUUUUUCCUAAACUAUAACAGAGCUGUAAUGUUUUGUACAUUUUGAUAAUAGAGGACCAAAACAGCUUACUUUGAGAGAGUAUAUAAUAGAUUGACACGUUUAUUUUUUAAGGAGUAGAAGGGGACUAGAUUUUACAUUUUUCCUUUAUUUUCUGUAUAGAUUUAAAUAAAAAAAGGAGGCAUCAGGGUUUCCUGCUUUGCAGCAGACAUUAAAUAGAGUAGUCCAGCGAAACAGACAUGUCAAAGUCAACAGUGACUUUACGAUUCCCAAUACUGUGCCAAAAAAAUAAAUAAAUAAAGAUGGCAAAUCAAACUAAUCUCCUGAGUAAAACGGAGUGCCUUUAUUUGUGCUCACAAUCUCUUUUUAAUGCCCGAGUUGGCCUUACUAAUGAGAUAUAUUUUAUAAACAUCACAUGUUGUUAUUAAAGAAACAUCUAUAUCCUGUGUCAGUAGUUCAGAACAGAUCUGGUGCUGACCCACACCAGCAGGCCUGUCUGUCUUGAUGUCACUUGACUACUUGGACUCUGCACAUCUUUAACUGGGUUUUUUGUUUUGUUUUGUUUUCCCUUCACAAGCUUUGGAACACGCUCGUGCACACUGCUCUUGAUUCAGAUGUAACACUGAUUUGACUUCACUGUUUCCUACAGAUGGUUUAAAAAAA